GAAAGCCCUCCCCGAGGCUCCGCCCACCCCUUUUGCGGCCUACCCCGGUUGCCAUGGGGACGCGAGGCGCCAAACCCGGCGAAGGCCGCAAUGGAGGCUCUGGCCUGAUCCCCGCCGGAAGGGGUGGGACGGAGGAGAGCCAUGGCCAAAAACAAGAACGUAAAUUAUAAAGGGCCUUAUGGUUACCAGAAGCUAAAAGAGCGCGAACCUCGAGCAUCCAUCCGGUUCAAGUGUGCCCUCACCAACACCAUUUUGGAUGUCCUUCGGCAGCGGCCGGGAUGGACUGAAGUGAAAGACGAAGGUGAGUGGGACUUUUACUGGUGUGACGUCCGCUGGCUCCAGGAGAACUUUGACCACACUUACAUGGACGAACAUGUGCGCAUCAGCCACUUCCGGAAUCACUAUGAGCUGACACGGAAGAACUACAUCGUGAAGAACCUGAAACGCUUUCGGAAGCAGCUGGAGAGGGAAUCCGGGAAGCUGGAGGCCGUGAAGUGUGACUUCUUCCCCAAAACCUUUGAGAUGCCCUCCGAGUAUCACUUGUUUGUGGAGGAGUUUCGCAAGAACCCCGGCAUCACCUGGAUCAUGAAACCGGUUGCACGCUCUCAAGGAAGAGGCAUUUUUCUUUUCCGGAAACUCAAGGACGUGAUCGACUGGAGGAAGGAUGGUGGUCGCCUGGAUGACCAGAAGGAUGAAAUCCCCGUAGAGAAUUAUGUGGCUCAGCGCUACAUUGAGAACCCAUAUUUAAUAGGUGGUCGGAAGUUUGACUUGAGAGUGUAUGUCCUUGUCAUGUCGUAUAUCCCACUCAAAGCCUGGCUGUACCGGGAUGGCUUUGCUCGGUUUUCCAAUACACGCUUCACCCUGAAUACCAUUGAUGACAACUAUGUUCACCUGACAAACGUAGCUGUGCAGAAGACGGCUCCCGACUACGAUCCUGAGAAGGGCUGCAAGUGGAUGAUCCAGAAGUUCCGCCUCUUCCUGACGGCGAAACACGGGGCGGAGGCGGUGGAGAUCCUCUUUUCUGAGAUGGACAACAUCUUCAUCAAGAGCCUGCAGAGCGUCCAGAAAGUGAUCAUCAGCGACAAGCACUGCUUUGAGCUCUACGGAUAUGACAUCCUCAUCGACCAGGACCUGAAGCCGUGGCUGCUAGAGGUGAACGCAUCCCCUUCGCUCACUGCCAGCAGCCAGGAGGAUUACGAACUCAAGACCAGUCUUCUAGAGGACACCCUGAACAUUGUGGACAUGGAAGGCAGGUUAAUGGGGAAGGAGAAGCGAGUUGGAGGCUUUGACCUGAUAUGGAAUGAUGGCCCUGUUAGCCGAGAAGAUGGGAAUCUGGAUACGCCGAUGACCGGAUUCGUGGCAAACACACACCUAGGUUACAACAAUGACAGGAAGAAACAGCUGAAGCAGCUUUUCAAGUCCUUUCAGUCCCAGCACAAAGUUUAACCCUCAGCAGUGCAUUGCAGGACAGACAAAAGCCAUCAAAGGGCCAAAGCAGGAGGGAAGGUUCUUUUCUAUAGAACACCCUUGGUUGACUUGGCUGCUUCAGUAUAAAGCUGCUGGACUUUUCUUCAUUUUGAAUGAAGGUUUUAGGAGAACAUCAGUGGAGCACAAUGGCAGACCAGGCCAAGGCACAGGAUGAUUGUUUUCAAGGUUGCCAAUGCCUUCAUUUUGAGCAGUAGCUCCAGAAAGCGGAUGUACUGCUGUUUGCUAGGACAAGCGUAAUGCAGACUAUACCAAGGACUGGAGGGGGGCUCUCCAAAUUGCUGGCAUCAGAGCAGCUGCCUUCAUCUCUGUUGGUGACUGAACAUCCCAAACAACUCUUGACUUUAAAUCAAAUAUGAAUAAAAAUUAUUGCUAAGAAUCCAGAAA